CAAUGCACUGAACUCCGGCGUGUGUGCCACAGGCGUGAACAAUCGAAGCCCCGGCACCGCACCGUGCAAGCGCAACGAAGACUACUGCUCUGGACCGCUGCUGCGGCUAGCUGCGUGGCGCUGGGCUCGUCAUCGGCGACCCCUGUCGGGAGUUCGGAGUCCGGGCGUUCGCUCGCCAUCCCCCGCGGCGGACGCAGAGACAGAGUUGGCGCCGGAUAUGCCGCUCGUCAGCGUGCUCUCCAUGCGCCGGAUGCUCGUCGCCGCCGUGCUAGUGCACGUCGGAUUCUUGCUUGGCUUCUUCGACGCUUCAUUGGGCGCCUCCAGUUCAUCAGUCGACGUUGUGGAAGUGCUAUCAGGCUCCCAGGCUCGCCUGCCAUGCACGGCUUUGGUAGAUGGCAAGAACCCAACGGAGAUACGCUGGUGGAAAGUAGACAGCCAACGAGACGGUCGGCGUCAGGAACCUUUGUAUACAGUCGACGCUGGAAAGCAAGGGGUAGCGCUCGUUCAGGCAGAGCACCGGAUCCUGCCGGCAUGGAGGGAAAGGUUGCAUUUUUCGGUAGCCAGAGCGGCGCUUUCGCUACGAGAUGCUCAGCCGGAGGAUUCUGGCAUAUACCAGUGCGAAGUCCGUUUCGUGUCAGCAAAAUCCAGAUCGGCAACUGUGCGGCUACAAACAGUGGUUCCACCUGAACCUCCCGUACUAAAGGCUGAAGACGGUGCCUUGAUUAAUACCACCAAUGGGAUCGGUGCAUUGGACGAAGGGAAACCAUUCAGCAUCUUUUGCGAGCCCCGAGGCGGUAUUCCCCGGCCUUCUCUCUCAUGGCAGCUGCUGUCAAGCAAUGGAAGUGAGCUUCAGCUGGACAAUACAUCGGCUGUUUCCAGUUCUCCACAUCUGAGAGAAGGCGCAGUGUGGGCUCGCAUGGCUCGUCUUGAACGGAUGCAUGAAGGAGCCCGUCUUAGCUGCCUCGCAGCAAAUGCGAACGUCUCCACGCCAUCACAUGCUGAGCUGCUUCUCAGCUUAAAUCUUCGUCCAGUGAAGGUGACGAUCAAAGGUCAGCGUGGUCCCAUCUCCGCUGACGUAUCCGCCCAGGUGGAAUGCGAAGUAACAGGCUCAAGACCGUCUGCACAGAUUAUGUGGUGGCUGGAUGGCACAAGGCUGCGAGACACAAACGACGGGACAUCGCCCGACGUUCCUCGAGGCGUGUACUCUCAGACAAGCAUACUUCGCUGGACGCCAUCUUCCGCUGAUAACGGGAAGACGCUCGCCUGCCGCGCUGUCAAUAGGAAUUUCCCGCAAAGUAACCUGGAAGACACGUGGAUGGUAGAAGUUCAUUACAAACCCAGCGUGGAACUUCGCCUGGGAGCUGGUCUCGAUCCGUCCGGUGUUCGUGAGGGCCAUGACGCUUAUUUCGAGUGCAGCGUGGAGGCUAAUCCACCAGUUCGGGAGGUGGCUUGGCGUCUGAACGGCAAGGCCAUCGGCGGCCCAGGAGGGCGAGCAAUCCAGGGUCCAAUGUCACUGGCACUUCGGGGAGUAACAAUAGAAGACGCUGGCAAUUACACCUGCGUGGCCUCAAAUUCCGCAGGCCACGGAACUAGCAACGCAGUUCCCCUUACUGUUAAAUAUACGCCACAGUGUUCAAGGUCCACACCACGAGUCUUUGCGGCAUCCCUGGGCGAAGACGUUCGCGUGGAUUGCAUUAUGAACGCCGAACCAGCGGAGGUCGCUUUUUCGUGGACCAUUAACGGCACGUCUGGCCCACACGGACCACGAGGCCGCCCACUCUACAGUUUCACGCGAGAUGGUCUGAAGAGCACGUUGACCUACGUGCUUAAGUCGCCCGAAGACUACGGCACACUACGGUGCUCCGCCUACAACGCACUUGGAGAGGCAUCAACAUCGUGUUCCUUCCAAGUAGUACCAGCUACAGUUCAUCCACCAGCUUCAGCUAAAGGGGGGCAGUCGUUAAAUGGACCAGCAUCACCGCUCGCAAACUGCAGCAUCUGGAACGUGACUGCAUCUGCUGUACAAGUGACAUGCCUGCGAGAGCCGUGGUCGAGUACACGCUUGGCAGCAGAAGCACGGCCUCUGUCGCCAUCAGGACCAGUCCUUCCCGUCACGGCAUCGUCAAAUGGACGUACAGUGUGGCUCAGGGAUCUUGCUUCGGGUUCGCCUUUCGAGGUGUCAGUGUUCGCUGAACUAGGUGCUUCUGGUAGGACGCGCCUUGCUACAUUAACAACGCAUACGUUGCCUGCUGCCAGUGCUGCGGUCGAAUCAGCGGAACGUAGACGGCUGAAAACCGCCGGCAGCGCCCCUGCAAGCUCUCCUUCUCCUGGUGGCUGCUGCUCGCUAGCCGUGGCAUUAGGAGCUGGAGCAGGUGUCCUGCUUGCGUUGCCUGCCGCAGUGGUUGCCGCCCUCAGGUUACGGACGAGAUGUCCACGAAGAAAAAAACGGCGGCGGCGAAGAAGCCCAGAAAUAGAUGUUCCAAAAUGAAGUCCGGGAAGUAGAUGUUUUCAUCGUGGCCAAGUGCAGAUAAACCUGAAGGAAACUGUAUGAAGCAUCACAACGAUGUCUCACCAUGAGGGUGCCGUCCCAGGCGGAGCACCUGCAGAAAUCAUGUGCAGCGUCCAACCGCCACAGACAGACAAUGGAUGGAUGAAAUUUCUCUUCUGCCUCCCUCAAGUGUUCAUCGACAAGACACAAGGGUACCUUGCGCAUAGCACGCGACUAGACGUUCCCUCAGUCUAGUAGAUUACUGAUACGGUGCGUGAACUGACGUCGUGAGUGCCUAGUUUGAACCUUCUGUGACGUUGGCUGCUAAUGUGGCUCGUGUAGUCAUGCUGAAUUUUUUGACCUGUUGGACAAAACUUCGAUUUGUGGUGUACUAGCCGAGUUACGACCUUCACGACAACCACUAUUUACUGUAAGGACGAACUACGCGGUAUGAACUUGAAAGCUACACGAAGGGAGAAACUGCUUUUGAUCGACACUGAGAGAUACUAGUACACGAUUGACAAGGAGUGGACCAAUAACAAUAUGACUCUCGUCUUGUGACAGCCAUUAAGGUAUAGGAAGUUAUCAGUGCCGUUCAAAGCCUACUAUCGAUGAGGUGUCGUGCAGUGAUAUCUGUUGCUACUCUUAUCAGCCUUCGACGCAUACUAGACAACGUUAGUAAGGAAAGUAAAUUUUGAGUUUGUUUAAUCAAGCAAGUACACAUUAGUUUACCUCCUUCUCUUUUAACCAAUAACGCGUGAACUAACUUUCUGUUCGUCAGUUACAGGGUGGGCAGCACGUGGCGUCUCUAUGGCACUUUGCCGUAAGUUUUACAGGAAAGUCUAAAAAAGUGAGCUCCGAGGGUAACUGGAUUAGAUUGGAGAUCUGAGUUGUCGCCGGGAAAGCUUGCCAUGACAGUACGGAAUACGGCUUAUAAUUAAUGUGAAAGCUAAACUAAUCAUUCAACAAUACAAAACUUAAUUGAGCGACUGACGCCCUCUUCGCUUGUUUGGCACGGAAGACUGUGUUCCAGCCCAGCUACAUGUUGACAAGACUUUGUUCGCAAAAUCUGUAGUUCAACAACCUACAAACAGAGAAGAUGCAGCUCUAAAGGGAAGUAGAGAAACACUCUCACUCUGGCAACACUGUUUCGUAUCGUCCGUUUCAUUUUGUUUUCUCAAAAUGUUUUUCUCAAAUGUUUGUCAUUUUGUUUUCUCAAAAUGUAAUCCAUCACAAUUGAACUUCUGCAUGCAAUAAGAGGAUAAACGGACUCACCACACUACAUCGUUAUUGCUGCACCGACUGCUGUAUGAAACGCCUUUCCUACACAGUGACACAUCCGACAGUAUUUGUUACCUGACGUCACGAUCAGGCAAUAACGUACCAUCCCCACAGCAAACAUAUGUUACUCCUCACUUCCAUGGUCAUGCAGUGCAGUAUAUUAAAAGAGAGCCUGACCAUUACAAGGAGCCUAAAAAGGAGACUCGACCUGCCAAUCGAACUUGGGCACAUUUCACUAGUUGCCCUUUUCCAUGCGGGACGGCAUGACACCAAAAUUUCACAAAAAAAUGGAGGAUGGUGCUUAGAACGGCAAAGCGGAGGUUUCGCAACGAAAACUAUUCAUAGAUUACUCUAAUUUCGUUCUGUAAGUAUCUAUCCUCCUGUAUCUAACUGCAAAAUCAGCUUCAACUGUCGCUCUGGCAUCAUUACGUGAAAAUGACACAUUUCGUCGCUAACGUUAGGCCUAGUGAAGAUCGCGACCUCAAGAGAAUAGCAGGAAAGACGUCACUGAUGCGUAAUAUUUUGCAUUAUAUAAAUGAAUUUUAUUUAUACAUACAUCUUUGUCCACUUUUGAUUCCAUGUGCUUAUGUUGCGUGAUUUAGAAGUUCGUACAGGCAGCCGUCUGUUACGGAUAAGCGACUGUGCGUUCUCCUGGCCAAUCAUUUCUACCAACAACCAUUUCUGCAGUUCUGGGUCUUCCCAACAUGCCUCUCUCCAUGUAGAUGGCGUUGAUAAAGGUGGGCACAAAAUUCGUCGUUGUGAUCUGUCACCAGUGAUAUCCGUUUCAAUCUAAAUCAAUUCGAUUUCUUCAAAAUGAUGGCACCCAGUAAAUAUGGAUGCGGUAGAAGUACUGGAUGGCCUGCAGUAAUAGGGAACUGUAUUUCGACCUGUGAUUGGCUAGAUACAUCAAAACGUGGGUGGUGGCUCAGGUAUAUGCAGGUCCCAUGAAUGGCCAGACUCCCUUUUAAUACACGGCACUGUGGUCACGUGAACAAUGUACAUGGUCCUUAAAACUAAGUUGCCCUUGUUCAGUUGGCUUUUGAAUAGAGUGUUAGCAGACCGUCGAUAGCGUGACUUCCGAAGCACCGUGUCUACCCCGCCCAAUCAACUCAUACGAUUCUGAGUCAUGCACGCCGCCAUUGGUUCUAGUAGUUACGGUGACUUCACAGUAACGUUAUCAACUUUCUACUAACAAUAGCGGGUGAUAGUGGACCGCUUAUAACGUCUUGCCGUGCCAACCGGAACCAAUGACAGAGAGCGUGGCUCUGAAUCUUAUAUGCUGAUAGGGUGCGAUACACGCGGUAGCCUACUGUGCUACCGGUAGCGGUCUGCUAACACUUGCUCCUCUCUAUUGACAACGCGAUUAUCUUCCAAAGCGAAAGACACCGUAGUUGCUUUGCCAUACAUGGCUCAUUUAAUCCUGAUAGCGUCACGACCGUGUACUUAUUGAAGUUUCACUUGUAGAAACGCAUCUGUUCCUCUGCCUGAGGCUGCGUUCUCACCGAGUAACUUGGACCAACUCGAACCAACGUCUUAUGAUCACGUUCGAGACCGCGUUCGCAACUCGGUAGCUCCACCCAUAAGCAACCUUACGGCAAUCGGAGAGUGUGGGUUCGAAUCCAACUGAUGGUGCCUUUUCUUCAGCUGCUCUUAUUCAAACCUAGGUCAGUUCAUAUCGCCGGCAGACCAGCAGUAUCUUAAAAAGAAAGUUGGGCGAGCACGGUCGUGUCCGAGCCGUAGUUUUUUUACACGAAAACGUUACGAUCUCCGAUUCCGUUGCGGGAUUUUAGUGUAAGAAAUACAAUUCUGUAUUCAUUUAUUCGAGAGGAUAAGGGCUCACUAUGCGAGCCGGCAUUUGCCUCCGCCGCUAAUCAUCUUCGGUUACUCUCGUUGCUCUCCCGAUCGCUCGGAGCCACCAUUUCUUCUGAUUGCCGUUUUCUUCGUAUCUGAUCACAUUUUGGUUUCAUAUAUGCCGACAUUCUGGCUGAAUUUUAAUAUUUCAAUUCUGCAAAUUUAUAAAAUUUUUUGUUAUUGUUGCUGAAGCCGAUAUCGCUUAAAGUGCGCUUAGCACCUCUCCAGAGCUUUCCAACGGCACCUCGAUCGGUGUCCUAGCUGCAGGCGUUCGCGAGGUAGACUGCCCGCAAGGUACGCGUGCCACUAUGUUUUCGUUAAUAGAGAGUUAGUUACAAAAAAGUAUUUUUCAGCUACACCUGAAUUGUGAUGUGUGCAGGAUUUGAACCCAUGCCAGGUAGUGCGUCACGAACAAAAUCGCAUCACUCCAUCGGGAGUCACGUGACAGUGUUCCCCUUCACUGACUGGCCGGUGCAUGAGCAACUUCUCAAGAUUUCGCUCGGCGAGCGAUGCCCAGCAACUCCAGUUGGUGGGAUUUGUUGGUGUCAGCCGACUGCCAGCAACUCCAAAAUUGCUCAUAGUUGCUGGGAAAAGUGACCCCGUGUGAACGCAGCUUGAGGUGCGCUAGCAAGCAGUACUUCGCUACGCAGUUUUCACACGUCUGUCUGGCCAUACACUUUUGAGUGACAUACCCAAGACAUACUUACUGAAAUAGCUUCGCCGUAUGUUCGACUGUAGCUCUCCCGUAUUCCUGCAUAUCCCCUUGUUGCACACAGAGGUUCAAACACUGAGUGCAUUUUAGCUGAUGCCAUGUGAUUCGUUCUCAUCCGAGCUCUCAUUAGCUUUAUACUCAAUUUACAGCAAGAAAGAAACCCCAGAUAUGCACACAAGGAUUUCCAACAGCUGCUUUUAUGUCAUUUUCGUCUCCCCUGUUUUUCAACGAUUGUGUUUGUGAGAGGUCUAUCAUUGUGGGAGCUCUAAAAAAAACCUUUUGGUAUGUUUGUACUAUUUUGUGUGUUUUUCAACGUUGUACAAACAUACAAAAUAAUUUUAAGACCUCUCACAACGAUGGCGUUCAUAUCUAUGUUGUGUCGUGCUGUUCAACCUUCAUUCACUGUCUCCAAAAGGGGAAACAGAGGGCGGAAUAUUUCCUCUACCUUGCAUAUUCCUCUAUCUCGUGAGUUCGUACAAUCGCGUUCUGUAGGAAAUCGCGUGAGAAAUGCGAACAAAUCGGGUGCCUUACAUAACGAGCGCUCGGUUAGCAUGGGCUGGAGUUACGUCAAUGCGUUGUAAGUGAUGAGAGGACAUGAAAAGUUAUUGUGUAUCUGCUUACAUUAUAUUAUGUGUCAUUCCGGAGAAGGCAGCAAUACCAAAGCUAUAAAGACUUUUCUUCUUCGUU